AUGGCGAGGCCCCCGAUUCGCAUGAAUGCGACCCUGCUGCUCGCGGCCCUGGCGCUCCUGCUUGUCCCGCCGCCCGCGCGCGCCGGGAAGUGCUCUUUCGAGCACGACAUCGAUUUCCGCGGCUCGGACAUCAACGACGGGAGGCUGAACGUGGUCGGCUCCGCGCAGGAGUGCUGCGAUGAGUGCGCGCACGACUACCGCUGCGAUUCCUGGACCUACGUGAAGCUGCCCAGCGCGCUGGGGAAGGGGCGCAAGGUGGGAGAGUGCUGGCUGAAGACCGGAUACAGGCCCGGGGCUCUUCGCCACGGCUGCUGCAUCUCUGGCGUGGUGCAGCGGGGGUCGCCGCCUCCUCCGCAUCAUUCGGGCUGCCAUUCGGAGCCCAAUUACGACUACAAGGGGCACGACAUCAACGACGGCAGGCACGACACGGCCGCGUCGCCGGCGGGCUGCUGCGACAAGUGCAAGGCCACGUACGGUUGCAAGUCGUGGACGUACGUGAAGCAGCACAAGCCUCACGGGAGCCAGGUGGGGGAGUGCUGGCUGAAGGACAAGGUCAAGCCUGGGAGGAAGUAUGACACUUGCUGCACGUCGGGCGUGGUUUGA